AUGCCGUCAUGGAUCGACUCCGCCAUCCCCCCGGCCUGGGAUGCUGGAUUUUCCCCCUCCCAUGACGCUGCAAAUCGCCUGGGCCAGACGCUCAGGAAGAAAGAAGCCAGUGCACGGGUUUACGCCGUCGAGUUUCGUGUACGCAGUGGCCAUGUCAACCACCCAGAAGUCCGGAAAUGGGCCCGCUUUGUGGCGACAUUGUUCCCCCAAAGCCUGGCGACCGAUGCAUUUCUCUUUUGGUUGAAUCAUGGCGACUGUAUUUCCAAUCGACAUGCCCAGUUUUGUCUGGAGUCGAUAUCUGCCAUGGACUCAGUGUGUGAGCCUCAUCACAACGGAUUCCAGACGUCGGGCUCGGCGUCGAAUAUUGAUAUGGAGGCCAUCACGCUUCCUACGUGUAAAUCGUCCCAGGAAGAAAAGGAUUCCAUUAAAUGGACACUCGCAAGAUCGACUACAUCUCCGGUCCCUGGUAUGAAACCAGUCGGUGUGGAAGAUGUCUUCCUGUAUCCGACUGGCAUGCUGGCUAUCGGCACGAUUGCGCGUGCCCUGCAGGAACAUGCAUCGGGAGAAGCUCGUGCGGUGAUAUACGGGUGGGUGUACUCAGGGACCGGUCCACUGGUCAAAGACUGCGGAUACGACGAGUUCACGAUGUACGGGCACGGCACCGAGGACGAGCUGGAUCAGCUCGAGGCCAUACUCGCCGCAGGCACGCGCAUCACGGUGGUAUUCUGCGAGAUCACCUCGAAUCCGCAGCUGUACACGCCGAACCUCCACCGCGUGAAGCAACUCGCGGAUGAAUACGGGUUCGUCGUCGUCAUCGAUGAUACCAUCGGCACAUCUAUCAAUGUGGAUAUUCUACCCUACGCGGACGUCGUCACGACCAGCCUGACAAAGAUCUUCAGUGGUGCCUGUAAUGUGAUGGGUGGCAGCCUCAUCAUCAACCCCAACUCCUCCCACUACACUCGCAUCCACACCACCCUCCAGCAAACCUACGAAGACGUCUUCUUCCCGCUAGACGCCAUCGUCCUCAGCCACAACAGCGCGGACUAUGCCUCUCGAGUUCGACAAUGCAGCACAACAGCCAAGUCACUCGCAGAGUUCCUCGUGACCCAUCCGCUAAUCGAGUCCGUCAACUACCCCACCCUUGUCCCCUCCCGGUCACAGUAUGACAGGUACCGCCGACCAGGCGAACGGUAUGGAUACCUCCUCAGCAUCGUAUUUAAGGACCCGGCGCACGCGGUGACGUUCUUUGAUGCCCUGAACGUGUGGAAGGGUCCGAGUAUCGGGACAAAUUCUACGAUUGCGUUACCGUAUUCGGUGCUGGCGCAUUGGGAGGAGGGGGAGUGGGCGGCACAGUACGGAGUCCCCAGGCAUAUUGUUCGGGUGAGUGUUGGGUUGGAGGAGGCGGAGGAGUUGAAAGGGAGGUUUGUGGAUGCAUUGCAGAGGAUAGAGGCAGACUAG